AUGUGGAAAGACAAUAAAUUAGUAACAUUAUUAUCCUCAUAUGCUGGUAAAAAUCCAACCUCACAAGUAAAACGUUUUUUCAAAAAAGAAAAAAAAUCAAUAAACAUCACUUGUCCAUAUGUAAUAGAAGUUUACAAUAAGCAUAUGGGCGGUGUUGAUUUGUUAGAUGCUAACAUUGGGAGGUACAAAAUACGUAUCAAAUCCAGAAAAUGGUAUAUGAAGUUAUUUUAUCAUAUGUUGGAUGUAACUAACUCUUGGAUAUUAUAUAAACGUAUCCAAACCGAAAAUGGAAAUAAACAUAUUAUGAGUUUAGCUGAUUUUAGAGAGGACUUAGCUGUGAUAUUAUGUAAGCAGGGUAAACCAAUAACUCCAAAAAGAGGUAGACCUUUAGUACCUGUAAGUAAUCUUACAGAUAGAAAAAUAAAUAUAAGUACAGUUCCACAUGCGGUUUGUUUGGAUGCGUCUUCUCAUUGGCCUAAUUGGGAUGAAUUAUGA